GGCUGGAGGGUGGGCUGCCGCUGGACCCCGAGCGCGCGCCCGUCACCAACUUUCCCUACAGACCCGGGAGGGGGGCAGCGCGCUCCGCCCCCGCCCCCGGGCCGCGCACGUCCGCGCUCGGCGGCGCGCACGCCUGCGGGAGCCCUCUCCAGGCAACCUAGUGCUGAUCGCUCGUGCCGGUGUGGCCGUUAACAGCCUUUGCGGGAGCCUGAGGCUCGAGAGCAGCCCCCUCCCCUUCCUGGACUCCCCCCCCCCCCACUUUCCCGGUCGGCCCCGGGGCAUGAGUAGCGAUGGCCGGCUGCAGCCCUGAGGAGAAAACUUACCGGCGCUUCCUGGAGCUAUUCCUGGGCGAGUUUCGCGGACCGUGCGGCGGCGGCGAGCCUGAACCGGAACCCGAACCCGAGUUGGAGCCCGAGCCCGAACUGGUAGUGGCUGAAGCGGCCGAGGCUUCGGUCGAGGACCCCGGGGAGGAGGCGGCCGCCGUAGCCGCGACGGAGGAGGGGGAGCAAGAGCACCAGCAAGACCCCGAGCCCGAAGAGGAGGCGGUGGAGGAAGAGGCGGCGGCGGCAGCAGAGGGCGAGGAGGAGGAGGCGGCGGCAGCCCGGGGGCAGUCGGCCGUGCCACCGCCGCCGCCGCAGCCCCAGCUGCCGCCUCUGCCCCCGCUCCCGCGGCCGCUGUCGGAGCGCAUCACCCGUGAGGAGGUGGAGGGCGAGAGCCUGGACCUGUGCCUGCAGCAGCUCUACAAAUAUAAUUGCCCUUCCUUUUUGGCUGCUGCUUUAGCCAGAGCCACAUCAGACGAAGUCCUUCAGAGUGAUCUUUCUGCACAUUAUAUCCCAAAGGAAACAGAUGGCACAGAAGGAACUGUGGAGAUUGAGACAAUGAAAUUGGCGCGUUCUGUCUUCAGCAAACUACAUGAGAUUUGCUGCAGCUGGGUGAAAGACUUCCCUCUCCGCAGGAGACCCCAGCUUUAUUAUGAAACAUCAAUCCAUGCCAUCAAAAACAUGCGCAGGAAAAUGGAAGACAAACAUGUCUGCAUUCCUGACUUUAAUAUGCUCUUCAAUUUAGAGGACCAGGAAGAACAAGCUUACUUUGCAGUGUUUGAUGGCCAUGGAGGAGUGGAUGCUGCCAUUUAUGCCUCCAUUCACCUGCAUGUUAAUUUAGUACGCCAGGAAAUGUUCCCCCAUGAUCCUGCUGAGGCCCUGUGCCGGGCCUUCCGGGUUACUGAUGAGCGGUUUGUGCAGAAAGCAGCCAGGGAGAGCUUAAGAUGUGGGACCACAGGAGUGGUGACUUUUAUCAGAGGUAACAUGCUCCAUGUGGCCUGGGUUGGGGAUUCCCAGGUUAUGCUUGUGAGAAAAGGCCAAGCUGUUGAACUAAUGAAGCCACACAAACCGGACAGGGAGGAUGAAAAGCAGCGAAUUGAGGCUCUUGGAGGUUGUGUAGUCUGGUUUGGUGCCUGGAGGGUGAAUGGAAGUCUGUCGGUCUCCAGAGCUAUUGGAGAUGCUGAACAUAAGCCAUAUAUCUGUGGGGAUGCAGAUUCUGCCUCUACUGUUUUGGAUGGAACUGAAGACUACCUCAUUCUGGCCUGUGAUGGCUUCUAUGACACCGUGAACCCUGAUGAGGCAGUGAAAGUUGUGUCUGACCACCUGAAGGAGAAUAAUGGAGACAGUAGCAUGGUUGCCCACAAAUUAGUCGCAUCAGCUCGUGAUGCUGGGUCAAGUGAUAACAUCACUGUUAUUGUGGUAUUCCUGAGGGACAUGAACAAAGCUGUAAAUGUUAGUGAGGAAUCAGAUUGGACAGAGAACUCUUUUCAAGGAGGGCAAGAAGAUGGUGGGGAUGAUAAGGAGAAUCAUGGAGAGUGCAAACGCCCUUGGCCUCAGCACCAGUGCUCAGCACCAGCCGAUCUAGGCUAUGAUGGGCGUGUGGAUUCAUUCACUGAUAGAACUAGCCUGAGCCCAGGGUCCCAAAUCAACGUGCUGGAAGACCCAGGCUACCUAGAUCUCACACAAAUAGAAGCAAACAAACCUCACAGUGCCCAGUUUUUGCCACCAAUUGAGAUGUUUGGUUCUGGUGCACCAAAGAAGGCAAAUCUUACUAAUGAGCUAAUAAUGGAGAAAAAAUCAGUUCAAUCAUCACUGCCUGAACAAAGUGGUGCUGGAGAGUUUCCCUCUUUUAAUUUGGGUUCAACAGGGCAGCAGAUAUACAGAAUGGAGAGCUUAUCUCCUGUCUGUCCUAGGUUGGAAAAUGAACAGUUCAAAUUCCUGGGAAAGAGAGUUUCCAGAUUGUCUCAUUUACGCUAUCAUUAUUCAAAGAGAUGGUAUGGAUUCAGGUUUAAUACAAAGUUGUAUUCAUUUAUGUCUGCUCAAGAGCCUUCCCACAAAAUAGGCACUGGUCUGUCCUCACUUAUUCAAAGUGGGAAGAGAAAUAGGAUGUUAAGAAGUUUUCUGCCAUGGAGGCAAAAUAUUUGGAAAGGAUACAGUGCCAACAUGAUGAGGAAGCUCAGAAAGAGUAAUGAUAUUCCAGACCCAGGUCUUCCUUGGAGCUAUAAAAUAUAAUACUUUCUCUCUUUAAAGUAGGCUAGCUAGCUCUCCCCCAAUAAAAACACCACUAUCAGAGUAGAAACAAGGUAGACAUUUCUGAAAUAUAUGUGCUUCAUUAUGAAACCAUGGAUGGCUCAAUUCUUAAAUGUAAAUAGAUCUCUAGAAAACCCAAAAGUGUUUCCAAUCUAAAAAAAAAAAAAAGUAUUGGCGGUUUCACUAGCAAAA